AUGAUCACAUCGUGGCUUGCUAAUUUGUUUAUUGUGUUGUAAAACAGACAAUGCAGGUUUAUUUGUAUAUCACCUUUAAUAACAUGAAGCACUUAAUAUACGCCACUAAAUGUCAUAAAAGAAACAUAAAAGUAAAUAAUACAAUCAAAUGGAAGAUAAAGCCAAACCAAAACAGACACAGCGUGGUAAAGGGAAACGAUUCAGUUCAGUUAGAUGGAAGUAGCAUUUCUCCUCAGAGUUUUUUUUUGGGGGGGGAGGUGUUUAUAUUGUAACUUUUUGGACAGUCUGCAGAUGCGUCCCAGAUCGCCUGAGAGGUUAGAAAACUGUUCAUAACAGAGCAGCAGAUAUGAGAUUAGCUGCAGCUUGAAACCAUUCAGUGUACAGUUUUUCAAACCACUUUUCUGACAAACAGGAAGACAAGCCAAAGAUGAUCUGUGAAUGGGCCUCAUGCGGUCUGUCUUGGUCUCAGUGUGCAUCUCUAAAAACCUACUAGAGAUAAAAGCUACGGAGGCAUAAGAAUUUAAAACUCUUGUGUGAUCUGCGUUCAUGACCACACCAAGAUGCUUGUGGGUUCGGGGGUUUUGACAACAGAGAUUUGUUGAGAGUUUUUACUGUCUUAAUAGGUAAGAAACAUGCCAAGAAUAAACCCACAUUUGGAAUUAGAUUGAUGAAACACAUUAAAUAGGUGGGGAAUAGCAGAAAGAAAAAAAAACACACACACAUAAAAUGAAAUACAAAGCAGUGCAGGGAUAUUUGACAUGCCACAUUGCCAUCCCGUUGAGUUCAUGCAUCAAAGAUUUUCCUGCUCAAAAAAAAAACAAAAAACUCGCCAACAAAAACAGCACUUCAACACAAACAAAUUUAACCUGAUUGAUUUCUUCUUAAAUAUUCAGAACUGGUGCUGUUCUGUAUGCUGCCCUGAAGCGGGGCAAAGAAAUAGUGAAUUCUUUUCAUUCUUUUUUUCCCGUUCAUUUACUUUUCUUUUUCGUGUAAACUUAUUUCGCCCUGUUUUGACUUGAUCCUCUCUUCAGCCUGUUACACCCCCUGUUGACUCGCACGGUUUGGCACCACAAUGCGCAGCGCGUUUCGGUCAUUUUUUUCUUUUUUUCUUUUUUUUUCUUUUCUGACACUUCCUGCUUUUGGAGGUUCGAGCUGCAGCGUGCGUGUCCCGUCAACUGAGGCCGGGCCGAGACUGUCAGCUGUGCCUCAGUGAGUAUUUAGGAGUGCAUCCGCGAUAUCGUACCGGCGUCGCACCUAAUGGCUUGUUUGAGGAGAGAGGAAAUGAAGCGUAGGGCUGCGCUUUAACGGUGCCACAGAGAGGACCGACGUUCAGGACUCAAACAGGUGUCUGGUGGUCUCCCGUCAGCCUGUCAGCCCGCUGGAGGAGCACAGAUAGAAACAGGACACUAGAUUCUGCGCUCAUUCUUUCUUUCUUUCUGUUAAAAAGCUAAAUUAGCUUCCAUUCAAAGCCUUUGUAACCCCCCAUUUUGAGCUUGAUGGUGAUGGAGACCCGACAACCGAACCAGAAAAAACAUCUUUUAAUAUCGUCUUUUUAUUUUAUUUUCUGAAGGGAGAACGUUACCGAGUCCCCAUUUCUUUCUUUCAUUCUUUCUUUCUUUUCUCCGUCAGAGGAGGAAGAGGAGGUGGUUGAAGAGGGGAGGCGGUGACCGACACCCCCCACGGGACAGGCCGACAGACCCACGCUGCUAACAGGUGUGUCUGAGGAGAGCACUCCGCUCCAGUCUGCACCGUCCGGCCGGUCCGCCCCCUUCCCUCUUUGCCUCCCGGUCCCUUCCUCCGCUUCAUUGUCGUUGCUGAAAUUGCACCCAAACGCAGGAGUUAUUUGUUUUGUCGUUUUGGCAUCCCAGCGGUGAGCGCUUGAUCUUUUCCUCUUUCCUGUCCAAUGGUGCGUAAGAGCCGAGAGGAGUGAGGAAGAGCAGGUGGGCUCCAAACGGUUCAUUUUUUUAGACGUUCAUUGACCAAACGAAUGGGACUUUGUGGCUAGGUCUUUCCUUGGAGACAAUUUGAAUGGUCGGGACUUGUCGUUUUAGAGAUUAGAGAGACGUCUGAAGAGUGUGGUUGGAUUCUUUUUUUUUUUUUUUUUUUUUUUUGUCACCAGAUUUGUCGCUUUGGGCUGAUUUCGCCCCCUGGUGAAAAGGCAGCGAGCCGCCGUUUGUCCCGUGGUUCUGGUCGUUAGCCCAUCCCAACCGAAUUUUAACGGACAACAACAAAGUGGGUCUUUUUUUUUUUUUGUCCUGCAGGACUCCCCUCCUUUCAUCAUGACAACGAGAAAAGCCAGCAGCGUGGGGGACGCGGUCACCACCUCCACUGCCAACAAUCUCCAGAGCCAGCACAGGAGCCGGAGUCCCAGCGGCUACAGCGGCGGGGCUCCGGCGGAGGCGGCGGCCGGAGUGACGGAGAUGUUCGGCGAAUUUCAGGACUGGUGCCUGCGGACGUACGGGGACUCCGGCAAGACCAAGACCGUGACCCGGCGCAAGUACAACAAGAUCCUCCAGACCCUGCUGCAAGGGGACGAGGAGAACAGCAACGGGGUGUUCCUGCACGACAAAAGCAACAACCACAUCAACGCCAAAUUUAAAUUCUGGGUCAAGUCUAAGGGCUUCCAGGUCGGGACGCUGCAGGACGGGAAGAACGGCUCGUCGGACAGACCGGUGCUGUACGUCCCCAUCAAGGCGACGUGUGUGGACGGUGUGUCAGGGGUCGACUCGUCCCUGAAGCGCGUGGCAGUAGUGGAGGAUUUCUUCGACAUCAUCUAUGCCAUGCACGUAGAGAUCAGCCCUGACCCGGGAAAGUCACCAAAACACGCUGGCCAGAAGAAGACCUACAAAGCGAUAGCGGAGACGUACGCCUUCCUGCCCAGAGAGGCAGUGACUCGUUUCCUGAUGAGCUGUGGAGAGUGUCAGAAGAGGAUGCACAUCAGCACCACAGGACAGGACUACAAAGAGAACGACAGACCAAGCUCUUUGGUGUCAGAGGUGAUAGACUACAACAUGCCUCUCACCACCACCUACAUGAAACAGAUGAAGCUGCAGUGUAUGGGCAACAAUAAGGAUGACAGUUCACUGAGCAGCGAGGAGGAGGCAGAGAUGAGCGAGCCCACAUGGCUAGCAGCUGAUCUGGGAGCAGUGUCAGACCUGAGCCCGCCGAGCCGUGGAGACAGGAUGCGCCACAGUCCCCAGAACACACACAGCAAGGAGGACGAUGAUGAUUCAUCAUCAGAGAGCGGCAGUGGAAACGGCCUGCCCGCCCUGACCCCUCCCUCCUCUUCUGUGACGGAUGGCGCCAUAGUCAGGGAAACAGAGGUCAAUGGCAAUGGUGGCCCCGCCCCACUCGACUUCAGCAGGCCUACAUCUUCCUCCUCAUCAUCUGAGGACCAGCAGCCGAUGAACCUGAGUGACGCACCACCUCAGCGCCUGCCCCUGUCCACCUCACACCUGCCCGUCACCGUCUCAGCGGCCGCUGCAGCGCUGCUCGGCGCCCUGCAUCCCAGCGCGCCGGAGGAGCUCCGCAGGAAGUACCCGCUGGCUGCCAAACCUCCUCUGGCUCCACAUCCAGCCCUGCCUCUGCCUCUGCCGCACACACACACUUCUCACACGCAUAAUGCUCACACUCCCAACACACACUCCCAGUCACACACCGCCGAUCUGCGACUGGACCGAGACGGCAGGGACUACGGGGGCAAGUCCCCUCAGUACAGUUCGGGUGGCAGCUACGACAGCGUGAAGAUGGAGCUAAGCGCCGAGGACCUGACCAUGGGCCGUCACGGCAGCCACGUUGCCCCUGACGAUGACGACGACGACCAUGACGACCACGACGACAACGACAAGAUCAACGACACAGAGGGAGUCGAUCCUGAGAGAUUAAAGGCCUUCAAUAUGUUUGUACGUCUGUUUGUGGAUGAGAACUUGGAUCGGAUGGUGCCCAUCUCCAAACAGCCCAAGGAGAAGAUCCAGGCCAUCAUUGAGUCCUGCAGCAGACAGUUCCCAGAAUUCCAGGAACGCGCCCGCAAGCGCAUCCGCACCUACCUCAAAUCCUGCCGACGCAUGAAGAAGAACGGCAUGGAGACCCGUCCUACUCCGCCUCACCUUACUUCAGCCAUGGCUGAGAACAUCCUGGCUGCUGCCUGCGAGAGCGAAUCACGCAACGCUGCCAAGAGGAUGCGCCUUGAAGCCUACCACGAUGAGCAGAUCUCUCUGGACAAGCCAUCCAGUGGUGGGAGCGGUCUGAGGGAGCCGGCGUCCCUCGCUAACUCUGCCUACUCUCUGGCCGCAUCAGCCUUCUCCUCCCAGGACACCCAGCUCUACAUCAACGGAGCCGGCCUCAGCUAUGGUUACCGUGGAUACCCAGGCCUGGGCGCUGCCAUGCAACACCCCGUUUCCCUGACGACAGGCGCUGCUGCUCAGAGCAACGGCCCCACAGACCUCAGCAUGAAGUCUUUCUCCUCCGCCAACAUCAGUAACUCCUCCUCUUCGACCACCAACAAUAGCCUGAGUGGGCGGGGCGGCGGCGGCGGUGGCGGGGCAUCUACUCAGCUCAGCCAACCAGAAAUCACGGCCGUGCGUCAGCUGAUUGCUGGCUACCGGGAGUCGGCCGCCUUUCUGCUUCGCUCGGCAGACGAGCUGGAAAACCUCAUCCUGCAGCAGAACUGAUUUGGGGGAAAAGUGGGAGAACACACACACAUUUAGACACACACACACACACACUCACACACGCUUCCCAUUAUGUUAGUUUUGUGUCUGUCUGUGUUCUCCGUCUGUUCUCCGUCUGCUUACCAAACACCAGACAUCCUCUUGUGUUUGCUCUUCCCUCCUUAAGAUCGGGGUUUGUCAGAUUCUCCUCAUUUACCUUCUCUUCAGAAACUGUGGCCGCUCAUUCCUUUUGAUGAGAAAAUGUGAAGCUGGGAGAAAAAGUGGGAAACUGAGACCGGGAGGGUGACUAAUCCCACCGCACCAUCCUCAAAACAAUCCUCCACAACCUCAAUCCACCAAUUCUGCCUGAAGAGGAAUAAAAAAUAAAAAAUAAAAUUAUUAAAACACAGCAGAGCACUUGGACUCUGAAGGAAUUGUCUUCUUCUACUCUCUGGAAGCACCUCACAAUCAGCACUACAUUCUAAGUGAAAGAGUGUAGAGGAGAGGAAGAGAGGAGGAGGAGAAAGGAGGAGUGGAGUAGCCUGGGAGAGGAGUGUAGAUGGCUGCAAUUUGUUUCUGUUGCUUCAGAAAAAAAAAGAGACUUUGCCCACUUAUGAAAGGAUAAGUGAAGUUUUUGAGUUUUUCCUGUGAAGCUCUGGGAAUGUUGAUUGACGGGUGCCCGAGCCAACGUCUCAUGAUCAUAACAAAUUAAAAAAAAAAAAAAGAUAAAUAACGACUCCCUGAAUUACUACUACUGAAGAUGUUCACUAAAUGAUGCUUUUGAUUUGAUUGGAGCUGUUUUCUUUUGAGAGGUUGAUGAGCGAUUUUUGUGUUUUUUGUUUUGUCUUGUUUUGACUCUUCCCAAGUGGCUGAAAGAAAGAUGGAAAAGCAUUUUGACUUCUUUUGAAAGAUAGCACUAAAUAUGGAAAAGACUUUGAGUCCAAAUGGGCUAAAUAUGAAAACUGGAAAAGAAAAUAGAAAAAAACUAAGAAUUUCUUUUGUUUAAAAAAAACAACAAAAAAAACAGGAGGAGAAGUUUGUUUGUUUUUUGUGCUCGCUUGUAUAUAAGCUCUCUGUGUCCUAUAGCACUUUCCCCUCACCUAAAACUUCACCCUCGAUCCUCCUGAACCUCACCCCUUGUACCCAGGGAGCAACUUGCUACUUAUGCAUCCAAGUCGCCAUUUUCGCCACCAGGAAAUACCUCAAAACAGACCUGCCAAUUCCAUUUUCAGUUCCUCUCGCACACAGGCACACACUCUACUGGAAAUAUUCCCAGAAGCCAGUUUACUCCUACUUUACCACCUGAUGUCUUCAAGGUUUAUAUAUUCCAGAGGGAAUCGGACUGUACCAUCGAAACGAUGAAGCAUUUCAAGGACUGAUGUUUUCAACCUUUUCAAAGUCAGAACUUUUCUUUCGUCUGUGCGGGUUUGUUCGUGUGCUGCUGUAUAUAACCAGUUCAUCUUGAAAACUUGAGAAGAAUCAGAGCUGAACUUGACAGGAGUGUAUUUCUCUGGGAGAUGACUUUCUCCUUAAAGAGAAGGGAAGGUGUGUGUGCAGAGGGGAGGGAGGGGAGACUACUUCUUAAUUGUCUGGGGGGAGUUGAAUCUCGACUAAUGUGGCAGUUUUACCUCCUGCUUCUACUUUUUACAAAUGUAGACGUGACGCCAACAAAACCUCAGCAUUGUUCUAUUUAACACCCCUGCCCUCCCUCUAUUCCCCUCUCUCUCUCUCUCUCUCUCUCUCUCUCUCCCUCCCUCCUUUUCUUCUUCUCUCAAUUGGACCUACUCUGCACCUCUUCUUCAUGGACCUAAACAUCCUCCUCUUCCUCCUCUCCUCCGUGGUCCAGCUCCAGGUUUCAGGGGACGAGGAGGAUUGCUCUGUCUGUCUGUGUUUGUCUGUUAAACUCUGAGAUGGCCAUUACUAUUGUUAUUAUUGUUGUUAUUAUUAUUACUACGAUUAUAAAGAUGAACUUUCAUGUUUCUGCUGCUAUUCAAAAACCGGACCUUCUGCCAUAGACCUGAAACCUCAACAUAGCCGGGCGCGAGCUCGCCACAGUGCCCCGUGAAAACCUGAACGACCAACCAACCUCCUGUACCCUGGACCGCGAGGUUAGCUCGACCACAACAAAGCAAAAACACAAAGACUGUCUGUUCGCGAGGAGAAUUUGGUGAAAACACUCCUGUCUCUCAUUCUGGUUGGUUGGUUUCUUUGUUUUUGCUUCAUAGGGCUCGAUUCAUGUUGUGUUUUGUGACUUUCUAACUGUGAAUCUCUUUUCUUUUUACUUGGUUUCUUUCCAAUCCUUUCCAUACUUUUAUCCUCUGGAGAGAGCAAGGAGGGAUUUUAAACGUCGCCACAGCACUCGAUAUCAACCAACAAGUACACACUUUAACCUCUGAAGGUGGCAAACUAGUCCAGUGUAGAAUACCGAUUAACUGUUUGUUUUAUGGGGUAUUUUGUGGAGAAGGUGGCUCCAAACUGUUGCAUAUUACUGUAAAAGUGAAUCAUUCUUCUUCUUUUGUUUUCAACCCGUUGAUAAUACGCCAUGUAAAGAUGGUUUUUGUUGUCUGAGCUUAAAAAAAAAAAGAUAUUUAUUGGAUACCUGGUUGCUCCUGAAGCCUCUGAUGUGCAUGUUCAAAAUCAAGCCAGACGGUUGUUAAAGGAAAGGUGCGACAGUGUGGUAAAUAUGUUUAUUUGCUUUAUUACCGUGUUGGGUUAAAAACUGACCUCAUUCUCAUGUCUGUUAAACUUGAAGCCAGAAGCUUUAGCAUAAAGACUCAGAUGCAGCAAGCAGGCUCUGUACAGAGAUCCACCUGACGGCUCCUCUGAAGUGACCUCGUUAAUAUGUCUCAUCUUGUUUGAAUAAGCCAUACCAAAAGAAAACAGCAUGUAACAUGUUAACUGGUCCACUUUAGAGGCCACCUUUAAAAAGAGAAAAACUUGUCACUCCCGUUUCAGACUUUAUGCUAAGCGAAGCUAACGCUCUCCUCUUUUCGGAUUCAUACAUAGCAUACAUACAUACAUACAAACUCCUCCCUCAAGGAUUUGCAACACUGGUGACAAACGAUAUGUUUCAUUAGAACUGCUUAGUUUUUCAAGCCAAAUUUUCUGGAUUUGUUCGUUGCUGUUUGAAUUUGGCAUUAAAGGGCAUUUUGAAGCCCUUGUUUCACCGAGCGUCUCAGCUCGUCAAGCUCCUGGUUCACUCGACAGCUGUAGUCCAGGUACAGAAGAUGUUGGGAAGUUAACAAAAAGACAAAUGUGACUUAUUUCCUCCUGAGGCAUUGCUGUGUGUACUGUGCUUCUACUGUGGUUCCUACUCAGUCCAACUGUCGUGUCACUGUAAUUUUUGCUCCCUUUUUGCACACUGAGCGAAGCAACAGUCAUCUGUGAUUUGAAGGGAGUGGGUGAUCUCUGUGUGUGUAUAUGCAUGUUUCCCAAGAGGGACCCCCUCCCUUCACCCCCCCGCCCAACUUGCACUGCUGUAAGUGAGGCGAUGGUGGACAAAGUGGUGUGGUGGGGCCUUUUUGCAAUGCAGUUGAUAAUCAUAGCAUUCACUGGGGUGUAACUGGUUUGUGUUUGUGCGACAGACCACCCACUAAAAUCCAUUAAUUUAUUCAGGAGGUGUGGAGGCCACUCAUACCUCUUACCUACAAAAACACCAACUUUUCCUCCAUGUGCAAUGUCAGAUGCACCACAAUGAGUUCAAAUGGAAUUCAAAUGGCGAACUUGUAAAUUAAUUCAAUAAUUUGAGGUAGAAUUGUAAAUGUUUUUUUUUUUUUGUUCCAUAAAGUUCUGUUUAAAGUGACAAACGUGAGAACAAUAUGCAAAAAAUGACCCAACGAGAAGAGAAGGACUGGACGAUGAUGUCCCAGGAGUCACACAAGUCGCGACUUUUGCCCAGUUUAUUUAACUAGAGGGCUUGUGAUGUUCUGACACUUUAUGAAAUUUGAGAUUUGACACAUUGAUACUUAACAAUCAGAGGAAAUUGAGAAUUUUCUGACAAAUGUACAAUCAAGUGGUCAUUUAAUUUGAUAUUAGAGGAGACAUUUUAUUUGGUUUGAGUGUUGUGAUCUCAUGAGAAUAACCGCCCUCUUAAACCCCAGCAUGAGACGCUGUCAGUGACAUCAAUCGUCCUUCUCUUCCACUGUUUGAUCCUCACUGUGCUCUCAGAUACUGCCAAUGGUUUGGUGGCCUGGUCCUAUCACAGGCGUCAGAGUCACACAAAACACAUUUCAGAUACGUGGGUUGUUCCUGAUAUGCUCAUUUAGUCUUUCUGCUUGGCUGAUCCACUCUCUGUUGUGGCUGAGGGACACCAAGAACAGGUCUGCAUUUCGCCCUUAACAUGGAGGCUCAUUACGUAUCACAGCUGCAUAGAAACAGGCUGGAAAACCUGCUUUUAGUUGUCUGUUAAUUUGAAGAUUCAAGUCCCAGGAUUGAGGAUUGAAAAAUAUUUUUAAUUUUAAGCCUCCAGAAACUGUCCGCGUUGGAGAUGCUGUUUCAGGCUGCGUCAUCCAGACUUGCUCAUAAAGUGUGUGAUGGUCCCUCAGAUCACAUGAGGAUCAACAAUCAUUUUCAUUUCAGGAAGAAUUUAAUCAGACCAGACUGACUGUUAAUUGUACCUCCCUCACAAAUGAAUGACUGACAAACUUUGCCACUGUUGCUGCCAACCUGCUGAAAACCUUUACUUUGUUUCUAAAAAAGUGAACGAAAUCCCACCAAACCUAAAAAAAAAAAAAAAAAGAAGUCACGCCACAGUUGGAGCUGGAGUUUUAUUUUACUUAUGCAACAACAGUCAAGAGAUUUUACUGUCUCUGGACUUUGGCCUAUAUUAAGUUUGAAACCUGAAAUUAGUCCAAAAUCUUUUGAAUUUUGCAUGUACUCGUCCACAUUGGUUUGAGCAUUUUAAGAUGUUCUUGUUGCAGUUCGUCCCCCUCCUCCUCCCUCCUCUUCUUCUGAGUUUGAUUCCUGGUACUCUCAGCUAAAACAUCCUCAGCUUCUCUGAAAUGGCAUCUGGGAUUUCUCUUCAAGGAAUAAGUCAUAUUACCAAACACAAGGGAACCGUUCAGAUUGUCCCAAAAAGUGUCAUAUUUGGCUGAAAUGCCGAGUCAGUGACUUGCCGCUCAGUCGAAUCAUGUGCACUGGGCAGCCGUCGGUCUCAAUCUCACUGACGGCUUAUCUCACUGGUUCCGUUGUGCCUUCUGUCGAGGUUUUCUAUGGGUGUUUCUGGACCCAGGUCAGUUUACUUCAAAGCCGCACGGCUGCAGAACAGCACCACGAAAAACACCAACAACUGUAUAAAAGAAAAAAAAAGACAAAAAAAGCAAAUGACAAUCUUUAGAGAGGUGUAAUUUGCUCACUGUUUGAUUUCCAUCCCUCCUGUCUGUUGUAUACAGUGGGGCAGAGCAGGAGAAUAAUCUGAGUGUUUUAGCUAUAAUCAGAGCGUUCGUACUCCUAAACUCCUCCUCCUCCUCCUCCUCCUCCUCCGGUUGUUACCGUCUCCACUGGCCGAGCAAACGGCCGACACAUUUCUAUCUGAUUUCUAUAUUUUUUAGUAUUACAUGAUUAUUAUUAUCAAUGUUCCGAUUCUUCUUAAUACUAUUAUUUUAUAGAUAUAUUUUGUAGUGCGAGUAAAGUGGUGUUUUUGAAAAGAUAUUUUGUACAAUACUCCAACAGCUUCACUCUGUAUGCCUAUACUGCACAUUCCAAACAUGGAUGUCAACAAACACUGGACCUGGCCGGCAUCAUGAACUCACUCAGCAGGGUCUCAAUCCUGUCAGCUUUUAAAAGCCAACACGCUGAAGUUCCAUUCGGCUUCGUUGAAGGUGGAGGAAUCUUCAGCUACACUUUGACAUUUCCUUUAGUCACUGGUAUGAUUUACAAGACACGUUUUUCUCUUCCCGAUGCCUCUGUUUAAAGGUUAUGUGUCCAGUCCACGGGCACCAGCGUGGUUGUAAGAUUAUGAUCCAGCUCUGAUCUACUGCACAAAGGAUGUAAAUCUCUGGGGCUGGACAAAGAGCUUUGAGAAAGGUCACAUCGUCUUUACUGACCUCUCACACUUUAGACGUGGUUGCUACAGAGAGCUGAGAGUCUGGUAUGUUGAGAGCAGUGGAGAACAGAGAGGAUGUAACCUUUCCUUGAGGCACAGAAAGAGACACCUGCAGUGAUAUGUGGCUUCUGUAAACCUGCAGCGUAUCGACCAUGGAGUUUUUUGUCUCCAGUGGAGAACAGUGUAAAUCCAAGCGAGCUUUAGUUGUCUGUAGCAAAAUGACAGGAAUGACAUGUAUAUCUCUAUUAAUUCUAGGAGCCAGUUGUUGUUAAAAGAGAAUAACAUCAGUCACCAACUACUGUGAGUCAGAGUGCAGCCAAGACUUUCAUUUAUUAAUGUAUUUAUUUACAUUUCCUUUAACAUAAGUUUGGCCUCCUAUUUCAUUUUAUUUUAUUUUACUUUAUGACGGGUCAAGUUAGCUUAGCUUUGCGUUAAUACUGAAAAUUAAGUCCUCCAGCAUCCUUGUGUUGUGGUGUUGAUUAACAAGUUGAAUCAUUCUGUUAAAAAGAAAAAAGAAAAGUAUAUGUAAAAACAACAAAUUUUGUUUUUUUAUAGGUUUAUUGUGUGAGUAUAUUUCCUGGCUGUACUAGCCAAGGGCCAGGAAACAAAGCUCUUCAAAUGGCAAACUAUUACUCUGAAACCAUUUAUCUGCCCUAACACGAUGGAGGAUGUUGGACGACACUAGAGGUUAAUACUAAUUAGUGAUGAAGUCUUAAAUCACAUGUUGUUAGUCACACCGUGAGUGAGCAGUGAUGCCUGUCAGGUCCCACCAAAUGAGAACGCUUCUUGAACCGGUCUGGUCAGAAUUACAGCUCAACGCACACACAUUAAAAUAAAUAAAUAAAUUUAAAAAAAAUAAAAUAAAAAAAAGGAAGGAAGAAAGAAAAAAAAUGAAGGAGGAAAAGAAAUUUACAGUUUUUUUAUUUUUCUAUCAGGUCACAGUGUACAGCUACUACGGUCAAAGAAUGGCUUCCUGAGCCAUUUUAUUUUACAGUUUUUAUUUCCUGUGGUGCUUUAGAUUCCUUCAUUUUCUAAUCUUUUCUUUUUCUCUCUGUCUGUCUUCACCUGACUUUGUACUGGACUCUUGAUUGUCUUGAUUUCCUCUGCCGGGCCUUUGUACCUAAAGUAAUACCAAUGUGAAACCUGUAUUUUCCUCAUGAUUUGACUCAGUGGAAGUGUGAUGUUUACAUGUACAGAUUUUUGCUAUUCUUUCUGGUUUGUUUUUGUUUUUCCGUUUUGUUUCCACUCAUGUUUCAAUCAUUCCUUUCUCUCCCUCUCUCUUUUCUCCCCCCCACUCCCCUCCUGUCUUGAGUUCAUCUGAUUCCUUCCUCACACUCUGAAGGGAAAUGGGACUGCUUCUGAACACAAUUAUCGCCAUUUCACACAUUAGCCUAUCUCUUGAAGGGGCGCGCUGACGUUCUGAAUUUCAGUCACUUUUCUUCACCUGGUCAGAUUCUUUUGCUGUUUAUUUGCUCGUUUAGGAGAGCCUUGUUAGCAUUUAGUUAGCAUUCGUGCUACAUGUGCGCCACUAACGCUAACAGUGAGCGCUACUUUGUGAUUAUCAGUUCGGCGUGGAGACGACGUUCCAGUUUUGUGCUCGGUGAAGAAACGUCUGCUGAAAUUGAGCACAGCGACGUGACCCUGUAAAAACCGAUUGUUUAGGAGGGAGGGGGAGUCGAGUUGUGUGUGUGUUUGGCUCUGGGGGAGUUGACCUUUGACUUCUCGGCUAACUCCACAACACACAAAAUCACAGUGGGGCCACAACGACCCUCCGCCGGUGAGCCCAGGAUCCGGUGGGGAGGAUUCCUCAGCGAAUGAUAAGCCAUUAUAGACCCCGUGUCGGGUCUCUUAGUCUAUUAGUAUAUUUAGCAAACCUUAAACUGCAGAUGACAAAACUCAACCUCAGGAAGUAAAGGACAUCACUUUUGUAAAAACUCGUCUAACUGAAGGCCCAUUUCCCUCUCUCUUUGAUACCAUAUAAAUUCUAUCAGAAAUUCUUUUUAUAUUUAUUGUGUUUAUGAUUAUAUAUAACAGUGGAUACCUUUUUUUUCAGUACCUGUGGCUAAAUAUUUUGAUUCUUUAGAAAAGUGUUGAUAAUAUAUGUGAAGCAACUUAAAUGAUUGAGGAAGAAAAAAAGAAAUCUAGGGGUAAUGAUCUUUUUUUCUGUUCGUUGACUGUGUGGGAGCGGUACGGGCACGUUUGUUUAGCCUAACGAUGAGAACAUAUCACUCUGGUCCAUGACAAAGAAACCAAUGAUUGAAAAACUGAGCUUUCUUUUGUGUGAUGUCACUGCUACGGCUGAAAUGUUUCUGGACUAAAAAAAAAAAAAAAAAAAAAAAAAAAUGUGACUAUUUAGUUUUUUUGUUUUGUUUCCUCCCGAGCUGUACGUCACAAAGCUAAAUAUACUAAUAAAACGGUGUGCUAUCUA